GCACUGAAGCACCUUUGACCGGAGCGCUACAUGGUGCACCAGCGCUAGUUAGCAGCCAGCUAGCUGUUUUUUCUGUAUCAUUUCCCCCAGCUGUACGUGUCGUGUUCAUAUGAAGAGAGAUGUGGUUUAUUUAUGCACUCAGCUGGCUGUCGCUGGUCAUCCAGAUAUCCUUCGUCACUCUAGCGAUAGCUGCUGGCCUGUACUACCUGGCAGAACUAAUAGAAGAAUACACAGUAGCCACCAGUCGAAUAAUAAAGUACAUGAUAAUGUUCUCGACAGGUGUGCUGGCAAGCCUCUAUCUCUUUGAAGGUUUCCCAAUGUUGAUGGUGGGACUCGGCCUCUUCACCAACUUGGUGUACUUCGGCCUCCUGCAGACGUUCCCUUACAUUCUGCUGAGCUCCCCAAACUUCAUCCUCUCCUGUGUGUUGGUGGUGGUGAACCAUUAUAUGGCCUUCCAGUACUUUGCACAGGAGUAUUAUCCAUUUUCAGAGGUGCUGGCGUACUUCACCAUCUGCCUGUGGGUGAUCCCCUUCGGCUUCUUUGUGUCACUGUCAGCGGGGGAAAAUGUGCUUCCGUCCACCAUGCAGCAAGGAGAUGAUGUGGUGUCUAAUUACUUCACCAAGGGCAAGAGGGGGAAGAGGUCUGGGAUCCUCCUCGUGUUCUCUUUCCUCAAGGAGGCAGUGCUGCCCAGCCGACAGAAAAUGUACUGAGGAGCUCAGACUUUGGGAGGGGGUGUGUGUGUGAGUUAUAGUAAGUGUUGGAGAUCAAGGGGAAGCAGGAAGGACUUUGGACAUUUGUUUCUGGAUGGGACUAAAACGAAACAGUGGCCAAAGUGGAAGAAGAGCAGAUAAAGAGGACGGACCAAUGAGCAGAACGGAGCUUACUGCUGGACGAGUCCACGAGUUUACACAGGGCCACCUUCGUCUCUCUUUGUUUUUCUGUCUGUCUGUACUGACUGUGAACAUCCGCUACUAGAGACCUCUUUGUAGGGAUCUUACCCGCAGCGCAAUGCUUUACCAUCGUCACGUUGGACUCCUCCAUUUUUUUUUUUUUUUUUUUUUUUUUUAAACUUUGGUAUUAAAAUACGUAUGUCCAAGGUUGACCACCUUCUACUUGUACGUUUUGACUCUGGCUGAUAAAUAAUUAUCAAUUUUCUUUAGGGGGGAUGAUAUCUGCUGUCAUUAAGACGACAUGCGACUAGUGAAGACUUUAUGUCUCCCCAGAUAAAGAAGGUUACAGACCACAGACUUUAAAUGAGAGAUUGCAGUCUGACCUUAAGUUUUAAUGAAUCCGCUUCAGAUCGAUGGAGACAUCCUGUUUUAAUUACAAGAUGUGACAUGAUAAAAAAAACUCUCUUCCCUGUCCUAUCACGUACAUAAAAAGGGUUUAAAAAGUGCACUGUGAAAGGAUUACUUUUUAUGAUUGAAACGCCGUUAAAUUUAAGUGAUCUACAAUGGAUAUCUCCCAGUCUGGAUCAUUUACAUUUGUCCAAACAAAUGAUCCAUUAUGUUGAGACUUUAGUUUUCUUGUCUUUCAUCUAAGGAGUUAUUAAUCACCAGCGCUGUAGUCAGACACCUGGCUGGACUGUUUUUAAAAAAUGAACUGUAAUAACAAACUGACUUUUGUACAUAGAUCGUUGAGUUAACCCCACAUUGGACGACUAAAAAAAAAAAAAAAAAAAACACUUGUGAAGAUCGAACCUGUGCAAUGACUCUUUUCGCUUUUCGUGUUUCGGGGACAAAAGCUGCUCAAAGUGAUUUGACGAAAGUGCUAUUAAAGAGGCCGAAAAAUCUUUUUACCAAUUACGGAGUGCAGUUCUUUGUAGGCUGGUAUGCACACACAUGUUUAAUAAAAUAUUUUGUUGAAAUAACUGUCAGAUUUAAAUGGUUCUUUUCACAGGUUGGUGUUCAAGGAAAUAAAGGCAAUAAUA